ACUUCCUGGGACACUGCAAACACAGAGAUUUGAAGGGAAGUCAGGAGUGUGUGGCCUAAGUCUCAGCUUCCCUGCUGUAAGCUUGGCCACGCUGUCUCUCUCUUACUCUCUCUCUGGGAGGGAGCACCCACCUUGAAAGUUAUUUAUGUAUUUGAGAAGUAAAGACAGAUGGAAUUCCCAUCACUCCCCAAAUGUCCAUAUUGCCAGGUCUGGGCUAGGCCAAAGCCACAGCCAGGGACUCAUUCUGGGUUUCUCAUGUGGGUGGCAGGGACCCAACUCCUUGAGCCAUCACCUGCUGCCUCCCAGGGUGUGCAUUAGCAGGAAGCUGGAAUCAAGAGGGGAGCCAGGACUCAAACCCAGACACUCUGAUGUGGAAGGCAGAUGUCUCCAGCAGCGACUUAAAUCAUGGCGCUAACCACCCAUCCCUGAAGGUACCUGAAGUUCUGAAAGGGACAGAUGCACCGAGAAUUCAGAGCGUCUCUAAUUUCUACCUGGAGUUCCCUUUAAGUCCUAGGAAUCUGAUAACCCGUGUGACUUGAAACAAUUCUAAAAAUGUUCUUUCUUCUGUGUUUCCCACAGGUGGACAGCCUUGGGUCUGCAUGGCCCAGUAGAAGAUGAAGCCCAACCCCGCAGGUGCCUUCCCCGAGGCCUGCAAAGCCGCAGGCCAGGGCGAGAAGAGCUGCCCUGUCUGCCAGGCUUGGGGAGGGGUCUCAAGUCCAAGGUCUGGUUUCGGGUCUGGGGCAGGGCCGGGUGCUGCUCUAGGGUCUGGUGCUUUUCCAGGACCUGGUGCUGUCUCAGGGUCCAGGCUGGGACCUGGGGUGGUCCCAGCACCUGGACUGGGACCUAACACUACUCCAGGACCUGGGUCAGGAUCUGGUGCUGUCCCGGGAUCUGGGCCACAGCCUGGUGCUGUCUCAGGGCCUGCGUCAGGACCUGGUGUGAUUCUAGGACCUGGACCAGGUCUGAGGCCUGAGCCAGGAGCUGGCUCAAUACCUGGGCUAGGAGCUGGGCCCAGACGGGGGUCUGGAACUGGGCCCCAACCCAGUGAGGCACCGACAGCCCCAACACCAGCGCCACAGCAGAAGACUCAAGCCAAGCCCGCCCCGGCCCCUAGGCAGAAGGUUCUGGUGACCGGAGGAGGAGGCUACCUGGGCUUUAGCUUGGGUUCCAGCCUGGCCAAGGGCGGUACUUCCGUCGUCCUACUCGACCUCCGCAGACCACAGUGGGAACUGCCCCCGGGGACCGAGUUCAUCCAGGCUGAUGUCCGGGAUGAAGAGGCCCUGUACCGCGCCUUCGAAGGGGUGGACUGUGUCUUCCACGUGGCCUCCUAUGGGAUGUCCGGUGCGGAGAAGCUGCAAAAAGAACAGAUUGAGUCUAUAAAUGUUGGAGGCACCAAACUGGUGAUCGAUGUCUGCGUCCGCCGGCGGGUUCCGCGCCUUGUCUACACCAGCACCGUCAACGUGGCCUUCGGCGGGAAACCCAUAGAGCAGGGCGAUGAGGACUCCGUGCCAUAUUUCCCACUGGACAAGCACAUGGACCACUACUCCCGAACCAAAGCCAUCGCCGACCAGCUGAUCCUCAUGGCCAAUGGGACCCCUCUACCAGGAGGAGGCACUCUCCGGACCUGUGUGCUCCGGCCCCCAGGCAUCUACGGCCCUGAGGAGCAGAGAUACCUGCCCCGAGUGGCGGGCCACAUCAAGAGGAGGCUGUUCAUGUUCCGAUUCGGGGACCGCAAGACACGCAUGAACUGGGUCCACGUGCACAACCUAGUGCAGGCACACGUGCUGGCGGCCGAGGCCCUCACUGCGGCCAAGGGCUUCGUGGCUAGUGGGCAGGCGUACUACAUCAACGAUGGGGACAGCGUGAACGUCUUCGAGUGGAUGGCCCCACUGUUUGAGAAGCUGGGGUACAGCCAGCCCUGGAUCCAGGUGCCUACUUGCUGGGUUUACCUGACAGCCACAGUGAUGGAGUACCUGCAUCUGGCCCUGAGGCCCGUCUGCAGCGUGCCGCCCCUGCUCACCCGCAGCGAGGUGCACAGCGUGGCCGUGACGCACACCUUCCGGAUCGCUAAGGCCCGCGCCCAGCUUGGCUACGCGCCAGACAAGUUCCGCUUCGCCGACGCCGUCGAGCUGUACGUGCAGUCCACGAGCCGGCGGCCCCGCGGCUCCCCCGCGCCGACACUCCUGCGGUGGCUGCUCGGGCUGCUGCUGCUCCUCGGCUUGCUCGCCCUGGCCCUGCGCUUCUUAGACCUGCAACCGCUCCAGGCGGCCGUGGAUAGCCUCUGAUGGCCGGAGGCAGCGGAUACCAGCGAGACUGCGCCCUCGCCCACGCCCCGCCGGCCAAGCCGGGGCGCGUCCUGGCCCCGCCCCCUCUAGCCCCGCCCUGCGCCGUGGCCCCGCCCCCUCCCCGCCCUCCGGGCUUGGGCCCGUCCCGCGCCGUGGCCCCGCCUCCCGCCCUCGGGUUUGGGCCCGCCCUGCGCCGUGGCCCCGCCCCGCGCCGUGGCCCCGCCCCUUCCCCGCCCUCGGGUUUGGGCCCAUCUUGCGCCAUGGCCCCGCCUCCCGCCCUCGGUUUGGGCCCGCCCUGCGCCGUGGCCCCGCCCCUUCCCCCGCUCUCCGGGCUUGGGCCCGCCCUACGCCGUGGCCCCGCCCCUUCCCCGCCCUCCGGGCUUGGGCCCGUCCUGCGCCGUGGCCCUUCCCAAGUCCUCUGACUCCGUCCUCCGGACCUGGCCCCACCCCUGAGUCCCCACCUCUGCCCGGCCCCCUGCA